AUGCUUUUAAUUCAAAUCAUUUUUAGUAUUAUAUGUAUAGCUCCAUUUGCGAUUGAUACUAUUUUUAAUGCAGCUGUAACAAAUCUUACUCAUUCAUUAUCCUUUAUGGUAAUCAAUACAUUUGCUGGCACAUUACCUCAUAUACGUAAACAAAUUCUUGAUACAUUAACAUAUGAUUAUCCUCAAAUAAUUCAACAAAUAUCUUCACCUAUUCAGCAAUUACUUACAAAUUUUGAACAAUUAAAAACAAAAUAUGAAAAACAAAAUCAUCGACAAAAAGAUUAUCUUAAUCGUAUGGAAUCAUUUUCAAAUUUACCAAAUGAUACUCUACAAAAAUUAGAACAAGAAAUUGAACAUUUAAAAGGACGUUUUACUGAAUCAGUUACAGAAGUUGAAUCUAGGACAAUAUUUAUCAAGAAAAUUAUUAAAUCAAUUGAAGAUGCAUUAAAAUCUCUUGAUAAACAAAUGAUAAAAUUUAAGAAUGAAAAUAAAGAACGAGAACGACGUAAACGUGAACAUGAACGUGAAUGA